AUGGAGAGUUACCACGCGAGCGACGGCAAGGCCGGUGGCCGCUCUGGCGGACCCGUCUACAAAGACCGCGGUUCUUCAUCUCACGGCGGGCGAACGGGUGGUGGUAAUAGCGGUGGAAACUACCAGUCGUCGACCUCUUCGGGUCGCGGACUGCCACGCCGAGGCUCGUCAAACUCGGUAGGUGGCAUGUCCUCGAGAGACCGGGAGCGAGACCGCAACGAUCGUGAUAGAGACCGUGACCGUGAGCGAGACAGGGACAGAGACUGCGAUAGAGACCGCGACGGACGCAGUCGCCCGCGUUCGCGGUCUCGAGACGCCAGUGGCAGCUCUAGGGAGCGACGAAACAGUGGCGGUCGCAGUCCGUUUGGUGCGUCCGGCAGUCCGGCACUACGUCUACGAGAGAGAAAGAACUUGCUGCUAAUGCACCGGACAGGCGCAAGGCGGAACGAUCUGUCGCCUGCAGAUGCGGCCACACGCGUCAUCGGUAUGGACGUUAAGUACAUGAAGGAACCGGAACACCCGUACGUAACAGACAAGCUAGCCAUGUUCCCGAGUGUGUUCCCGACAAACGCCAAUUUUCCAGAGGAAAAGUUCCGCUUCCAUGCACUGCGCAAUGCGGCGUAUGUCAGUCCGCUGCCGCGUGGUUUCAAUCAGCUAUGGCAUCUGCAGUAUUCGGCGUUUACAGACAAGAAGUUGGCCAUUUUUGAUGAUCUUUCGAGAGCCACACGCGCGAUUUGCCGGUUACGGGAAGGCACGGACGAAGCAAAAAGCGGUGCGGUGUCUGGAGCGGAGGAGGGUGCAGUGGCGGCCACUGCAGCUGUAGAACGAGCGUUCACUAGCUAUUUGAUCCGCCAUGUGCGACGACUAGACGACCGAACAAGUCAUAUCUGGAUGAGUGAGCUGGCGAGUGGUGCUCGUAGUGCCGCAGAACUUACACAGAUGCAUGGAGUACCGUUCAAACAGUGGCGAGCAGUGCCGGGUGUAUCGAAAUGCCCACUUCUCGAGUUUGUGGUGAGGUAUCGACCCGGUUACGCUGAAGCCACGUGGUUUGUGCGGAUCAAUGUUGUGUACACGGAAAUGCGGGACCUUCAGCGUGAUUGCAGUCUUCGAACAGGUGAUUGGUUCUUGAGUCCUCGACGGAAUCAGCGGCGGAAUCAGGGAUGGACAGACAAGCUCGUAGAUUUCUUGCAUUCGGUGGCACGUCAGGCAGCACAGGAUAGCAGUUCAGGGACGGAAAACAGGUCUACGGAGGGAUUAACGAACAAGACAGCGGUGAAUGGCGUCCAGGCUGCUCCCGGUAGUGGCGGGGUGGAAAGCUCUCCUUCAUCGCUGUCGUGGCAUGAGAAAUGGUCGUACGUACUGAAAUUGUCGGAAUACCAGUUCAAGAUGGGACUGCUGGAUCGUGCGCACUACUUUGAUGGACUUCUGUCGCUGCUGCAAAAAUCGUUAACACCACGAUCACAACGUGGAGCUAGCGGUUCCACUCGGUGUUCAGCUGUGCUUCCGCUUGGAGUGAACGAUAUCAUGGAGCUGAUAUCGGUGAUACAGAAGCUGCUACCGGAGAUACUGCUGUCCGCGGAUACAGUUUUAAUGCUUGUGAAAACAGUGCUGCAACACUUGCGCUAUCUGCUGCCCCCUGGACGCCCAGUACCCCCAGAAACAGCAGGAAGUGCACUACAAGAAGGGCUUCUCGUGGCUUUGUGUCAGUUGCUGCGUGAUAUUCUUCUCAAUGGCAAUGACGUACUCGUUCGUCUUGAGGACAGUGCACCUCCAUUAUGGCCAGCUUUCGUAUACACUGAUCGGUUUUUCAGCCGCAAUGCUUACAGUGCAACAGCAAUACAGGCCUGCAUUGAUCGUUGUCAGCGCAAGAACAAGGAGCUUGCUGGGCGCAUUGUUCGACUACAACAGGCGUGUCCGUCUCUCAGCUCGGCGGGUGGAGGCCAGGUGCUUGCCGCUACCAUGCGCAACGAGGCGCAGAUCCUGCAGACGCUGGACCGAUUUCAUUGUGUGGACUCAACCUCGGACUUACAUCGUGUAUAUAGCGAAGUGUUCAGCCCCCUCCCCAAUGUAAGUCCAAGCGGAAGUGGAUUCCCUGCUGAGCUGCCUGUCGAUGUCGCUGCGCUCUUCCUCGUUUGUGAGUGGGCAGUGACAAACCAGAGACCAGCGGAGUAUCGCUAUUUGUCUGCGCUUGCGCUGAUCGAGAUGCACAGCAACACGCUUCUCGAAUUCGGCAAAGACAAGGGGUUGUUACCUCGAUGCGGACCUAAAGACCACCAGGUUGUGCUUCAGAGCGCGUUGCAGAACUUCUUGCAUCGCUACGAGCCCAAGGUCAUCACGGAAGUCACUCAAGUUAUCGAGCUUUUCUGUCUUCUCGUCCGGCGUCGAUUGUUCAGUGUGGCCAGCUUUGUGGACUUUGCUUCAUGUUGCAACGAAGCAGCGGCGACAAUGGGCAAUAGCCCGCUGCUGACGCUAGCCGCUGGGGCUGGGGGCAGUGCUGGUGUUUCCAAGAGGAGAGAAUCAGCAGCGGUGGUUCAUACUGCGUACAAUAUCGAGUGCUCACCAGGACGAGGGUACAAGUCCAAUGAUAUUCACCUGCUCACCUCGAGCGACCGAUUGAAGCUGUACCUGUGGCAGCUCCCUCGAAGUCCAUUCCCGUUGCCUACAUGCGUGCCGAUGCUCCCAGACGACAGCUAUGAUGGCGAACUCAACUAUCUGCGCUGGCUCGAAGUCAUGGAGCUUCGUCGUGAACAUCUAAACUACUCGAAGACACUGGAGCGUGCACAGUCACUUUGUAUCUACGUGUUCCAUACACACGGCCAAGCUAAUGACACACCGACGGUUGGAACGCCAGGAGCUGCGGGAGCUACUCCUGCUGCUGCAAGCGCCAGCUCAGGAGACAGCAGCCGAGUACUGAAAGAAGUAGAGUACCAGGGUAAAGUGGGCGAGUUGGUAUCAGCUGUGAAGACCAUGUGUGGCCACGACAAAGGACGAUUCACGCGCUGGUUCCUACACAAUAUUUAUGAAGAGACCACGUUUUUCCGGUUCUCGGACUACGGCAGUGUGGAGCAUGUGAUGCGACUGGUAUGUCUGAUUCUUGAGAUUGUGGACAUCUUGGCGCUUCUUGAAGUGCUCGUACACUUCCUGCGACGCUCUCCGUGCUUCCUGGUGAAGAACGUCGUGCUGGCGAUGAUCGAACGUCACGAACUUGCCUUUUGUGCCACAGACCAGAUCCCGUUCCUGCUGCAGUCUUUCGUGGACCGCUUCCACCGUAUCCCGAAGAACGCUGACGAUAAAGCCGGCAACGUGGCUCAGUUCUUCUGCAAGAUGUACUACGCACAUAUCAAGAAGAAGGAGAUCGCCAAACUGGACUUGCCAUUUGCGUUGCUCAAGCCUAUUGCAGAAACCGCGAGGAAGAACCAAGAUGCAGCAGCAGGAGGAGCUGUAAACGGUACGGGGGCCAAUGCAAAUGGCACAGGAGCCAAUGGGAAUCAGAAGAAAGAACUGUCGCUCGAGGCUACGAACCCUAUCGUGCGUAUCCCGCCACCUCGUGAGGUUCUUCCACCGGAGCUGAAGAGCGCACUGGCCAAGUCGUUCAAAGCCUUGCAGGCGCGCUCUUUUGAAGGUCCUGGUGCUGACGGGAAGCAGACACCUGCGACUCCUGGCGCUGGGAGUAGUACCCCGUUACAGAGUCCGAACAGCAUGAACCAAGACACCACAUCGACCGAGUCUGCAGCAACGUUCGAGCCUAAUUACGCGAGCUUAUCGUGGCAGGAGGUGGUUGGUGAGGCAACCCCUUCAGCUGAAGCCAAGUGCCGCGAUAGCGCCAUCGACUUCGCAGUCAACUCCAUCAACAUGAGCAUGACGUCUUCGUCUGUAGGAUCAACAAACGCGAAUGCUACACGGGAGCGGCGCACGCCUAACUACGUGUUCUUCUUCCGAGCUGUGCUGAGUGAGGCGAUGGACAAGUGGAUGGCCAACAUCUCGGCACGAAUCAAGUCAAACUGUAAGCGACCUAUCACGACUCCGCACUAUGUGCAUCGUUGCGUGCGCCUGAUUCGCGAGGUCGUGGAGCAACAUCCUGAUAAUGGCGAGGAGUUUAACGAGAAGUUCUCCAACACUUUAGUCGUGUGGCUACAAAAAGAAGUGCUACCUGGUUUCGCCGGGAGCGACACACCCAAGCGCUCACGAAAUCCCUUCUUGAAUGUCGACAACAGCAAGGAUGCCUUCGCUUUCAAUCAAAAGGGCCGUCUGGAUCGACUGCAGUACGGACUCAAGAGCUUCCUGGUGUCUUUGGUUGUGCAUAAAGUGCUAGAUCUCUCCCAGGUGCUCCGAUUGGUUCUCGUACCGCUCUUCCCGCGACUGCGCCGUGCCUCGCGUGACCCACCGCCGAAUCUACCGACGCAGCUACUAGCUAUGGCUUUGGUCUUCCAAUUGUUCUCCGAACCUCCACAGAAUCUACUGCUUGAUCCCCAGAAAUUGGUCAUGUUCGACGAGCCUUUGACGAAAUACCACCUGCGCUUCCUGCGCUCCCAGGUGCCGGCAUGUUUGAUGUUCCCAUUGUGCUUUCUACUCUGCCAGAUCUCCUACCAGAUGGAAGACAACUUCGUACUUCGCAAGCGUGAAGAGCGUGGCAUGUUGGCGAGCGCCACAUUGUUCAACUUGACUUCCGACAGUAUUGUUCGCGACACGAUCUUUUGUGACACGAAAGAGGCUCGAGAGAAGCAUAUCCUCCCGGUGUACCACAAGAAGCAGUGGCACACAGCCGUUCUGCUAACGCACUUUUUCCGUCCACCUUUAUCCCCGGCAGAGGACGGCAAUGGGCAAGUGCAGUUGCUCAAAGUGGACCAGAUUAUUGACCAGAUGAACGUGUGGACACUUCAUCGAGGAGGGUCCAUUUACCUCGACUUGCAAAUGAGUCGACAGCAACAGAAAGUCAAGCGGUCUAAGCGUCGUUCUCGACAGCAAACGCAACUUCCGGCAGCUUCCAACAAACGGAAAGCGCCACAAGGAGAGCUCUCUACGCGGUCUAGUAAGCGUGCAGCUGUGGAUAGUGGCGAUGGAGUUGUGGCAGCUGCAGUGAAUGGCUUCACUGAAGCUAAAACAUCUCUUGUGGAUAAAGAAGUCUCGUUUGGGGGUAGUCUACUAACCAGUAAUUUCUCGGAUGGAGAAGAAGACGCCGAGGACGAGGAUCUGGAGCUCGAGUUGGGCUUUGACGAGUCGAGUAGCGCCACCGAAAUCUUGUCGAGUCUGAUCGUCCUGCGCACCCUCAAGCGCAGCUCGCGACCGCCUCCCGGGGUAGGAUUGACUUCGCUGUCAUCAUCUUCUUCGACGUCUUCGUCCGUACCAGUGCCCCAGACGACAUCUGCGACGAUCACUACCCUGUCGUCGUCGUCUCCUCUUGCUACACCAAAACUAUAUGGUACACCGCACCAUGUGCAUCACGGGGACGGAAAUGAUGGCAAACACCACGGAAGUACACCAGGACCAAACGAUUCCCAUAAGAAGACGACGUUACCAAUGACAGUAGCGGCAAUGCAGAGCUCGUUGACUCCAUGUGAGGCUCGUAUGCUCGAAGCAGCGCGAGAGGCUCAAGACUCAGCGGUAGCAUCGCUGUAUGCUGCUACAGUCUGUAGCAUCUCGAGACGUGCGAUGGGUUCAGUGAUAGCCAAGAUCCUCCAGAUUCUCGAAGACGACGUCAAGCACACACAACCCGACAAGUUCGCUCGACAACUCAACACGACGUCGGUAGUGCAUCUUGUUGGAGGAAUCAUGGCGACACCACCUGGCAACGCCUUUUUGCCGCGCUACAUGAUGUCACUCGCUACUCAACUGGAAUGGCUGUACGAAGGCUGCAUGCUCUAUGACAAGCAGCUCCAGUCGGAACCUGGUCUUCGCAACAGUCUUUUCCUGCGUCGUCUUCGAUGCAAACUAGCUGUGAGACUUCAGCUUGUGGGUGUGAUUGGACCAAGCAAGCAUGCGGUUUUGACAAUCUGUUACCGUGAUCGUAUCGUCAAGACGCUGUUCACGUUGCUGGGAACGUCGGUAGUCUCCACUGGUCCAGGUCUGUCGCUCUUCAGCUGGAUUCUGGACCUCAUCCCGAUCAUCAACGCCUCCGUCCUCCACGACCGACAAUUCGAACUUGUGGAAGCAUUGCAACUCCCCGAUGAACUAAGGCGACGUGUUUGGUCUGUGCUACCGCGUCCGAUGAACAUGUUUGGGGCAGCGAAUGUGUUCGUAGGUCGCACUGCGACAUCGAUUCAAAGUGCUGCUACUACGAAGAAAACCAGGCCAGAGUAUGCGCCUCUAGACCCGUGGGCUCUGCUGGAACAUGUGCCGCAACUACCCAGCGACGCUCUUGUGCCAGCAUUGCCUAACCAGAUUCCCAAGCGACCGCGAAGAGUCUUUCGAUGUGUGUGA